AUGCCGACACCAAGGAUGAAGAAGCAAAACGUACGGACGCUGUCGCUCAUUCUCUGCAUGUUCUCCUACCUGUUGGUGGGCGCCGCGGUGUUUGACGCGCUGGAGUCCGAGUCCGAGAGCUCCCGCAGACGCAUCUUGGAGCAGAAGCGCAGCGAGAUGAAGAAGAAGCAUCGCUUCUCCGAGGAGGAAUACCGAGAAAUAGAGCGAGUGGUGCUGCAGGCUGAGCCCCACCGCGCCGGGAGACAGUGGAAAUUUGCUGGCUCUUUUUACUUUGCCAUAACAGUCAUCACCACCAUUGGUUAUGGACAUGCAGCACCAGGCACAGAUGCAGGGAAAGUCUUCUGCAUGUUCUACGCAGUACUAGGCAUUCCUCUAACUUUGGUCAUGUUCCAGAGCCUGGGAGAAAGGAUGAACACAUUUGUCCGCUGUCUCCUUCAUAAGAUAAAACAGUGUCUGGGCCUUCGGCGCACUGAAGUUUCCAUGGAGAACAUGGUCCUGGUGGGCUUCCUUUCCUGCAUUGGAACCCUGUGUGUGGGAGCUACAGCCUUUUCCCACUUUGAGGGCUGGAGCUUUUUCCAUGCUUACUACUACUGCUUUAUCACACUCACCACUAUUGGCUUUGGAGACUUUGUUGCGCUGCAGAAAAAAGAGGACCUGCAGGAGAAGACUCCUUAUGUUGCUUUCAGCUUCAUGUACAUUCUCGUGGGGCUAACCGUCAUAGGGGCCUUUCUUAAUUUGGUGGUGCUUCGUUUCCUCACCAUGAACACAGAGGAUGAGAAGCGAGAUGCUCAAGAAAGGGCUUCGCUAAAAAGGGACAGAGGCCUUUUGGAAGGGGCUCUGGGCCUUCGAGUUGUAGGGGAACAGGGCAGAAACAGCUGCAGGGAGAAGAACAGGGGUGCCUUGGUGCACAGUCAUAACCACAGUACACUCUUUCUCCCCAUGGAGGAAGGAACCAGCCGCACUAACCUCAUCUCUUGUCCAGUGGAGGAGCAGGAGAGAAGAGGAAGUCCAUGCAAGCACAGGCUCCAUUUUCAGAUGAAAACAGGCAGACGGAGGCAGGAGUCCAGCCUCACUUCCCUCUGUUCCUCUUGUGUGUGCUACAGCCUGGAAAUAUUUGAAAGCCCCCUUAUAACCCACAGUAAACACCAUGGCUGCCAUGUAAAUUCUGUUUACUACAAUUCAGUCUCUUAUAGGAUUGACAGCUCCCCAAAAAGCACGCUCUCACCUGGAUAUAGCUGCCAAGAUUUUCCUCGUUCAAGACGAAAAUCAGUGUAA